CAACCCCAAAUAUUUCGAAGAAAUUACAAUCAGUAAAACUCUCUUUUCCCCUUCUAAAUUCUCACUUCCCACUUCCUGGUCCUAGAACUCGUUUUAAUCCACACUCAGUCCAAUCCAAAGCCCUCCAAUCCAAAACCCUUCAAAUUAUUUGGAUAUUCUUCUCCCCCUAGACUAUUCUGUUAGUAUUUUAGCUGUUUUGCCUUUUGAUUUUCCUCAGUAUUCAUUCCAAUUUGAUUUUUUCUAGUCCACGGGACGACAUCUAUAAUUAUCAGUUUCAAAUUGAUCAAUUGGGUUUCUCCUCUGUCUCUUUAACCAAGAAUUUGAGGAGAAAGAGAGAUAUGGAAAAUGGAGAAGCCAACUUCGAAAGUAAAUUCUCGGGAUUGACGAUGAGCGAUUCAAAUGAUGGAUUAUUUCAGGUCAUGAAAGCAGUGGAAGCUGCUGAGGCCACCAUUAAGCAGCAGGUGGAAGAGAACAAUCGAUUGAAAUCUGAACUUCAGAAAAAGAUUGAGGAACUUGAGAACUAUAAAUCAGGUGAUUUAGAAUCUCAAAUUCCUCAUUCUGAUGAUCGUAGAGUUGAUCAUUUAGUUUUGGGUUUGGAAAGUCAGAUAGGUGGGAGUGGAAAGAUGCACAUCAAUUCUGGACAAGAUUUAUCAAGUACAGUUGUUUCUCGGCAAGACUUGAUGCAAAGUGAAAUGGCUCGUGGGAUGCACACUUAUAUUGAAAACCACUUUGAUAAUAGCGCAGUCAAUGGGUCACUGAAAGUGAUUCCUGGUGUUCAAGCGACAUCUGAUAAUUCUGGCGUUUCCCAGUUUGUCUCACCAUCUACGCAAUCAGUUGCUCCUAGCAGAUACCAACUAGAAAGGGAUUUUGAUUCACAGCUCAAUGUAUCUGGAAGGGGUUUGAUUUCAAUGGCAGAUGUUAAUAAUUCUAAUAGCCCAAAGCAGGAUCUUGUUGUAAAGAUCCGGGAACAUGCAGAUGAGAUUAUGCAGUUGAAAAAAUAUCUUGCAGAAUAUUCAGUCAAGGAAUCGCAAAUUCGCAAUGAGAAAUAUAUGCUGGAGAAGCGCAUUGCAUAUAUGCGUACGGCCUUUGAUCAGCAACAACAGGAUCUGGUUGAUGCUGCAUCUAAAGCAAUUGCCUACAGACAAGAUAUAAUGGAGGAGAAUGUACGCCUUACGUAUGCAUUGCAGGCUGCACAACAAGACAGAUCAAUGUUUGUAUCUUCUUUAAUGCCUCUUCUUUCAGAGUAUUCUCUUCAGCCACCUGUUGCUGAUGCCCAAUCUAUUGUCAGUAAUAUCAAGGUUUUGUUUAGACAUUUUCAGGAGCAGCUUCUUCUCACUGAGGGAAAGCUCAAGGAGUCUCAGUACCAGAUAGCACCUUGGCGAUCUGAUGUGAAUACCUCUAAUUUUUCUCAAUCACCAUCACAUGCUGUUGGGAUCAAAAAUGGGAUGGAACUAGUGCCACAACCAGCAUAUGCUAAUGGAAUGAUAUCAUCUUCAGGUCCUCACACAACAACUGAUGGAGAUCUAUUGGGGCGUCAGAGUGAUCUAGGUGAUGCUGUUGCGAAAACUUUGGAGCCCAAUAACUUUGGGAGAUAUUCCCCUCUUGGAAGCAGGAACGCCGAUUCCAAAGAAGUACAUGGACGGCUUGCGGUCAACCAGAAUGAUUCAAGUCCUGUACGUAAUAAUGAAGGAACCACGAGUAAAAAAGUUACAUUUGGUGACCUUGUUAGGAACAAUGCGGUUGAUGAUCCUGUCAUCAAAGGAUAUGAGAAUGAUAGAGAGGCUUCAGCUAAUUGGACUCCUAAAAUGUCAGCAUAUACUACAAAUGCUGAUGAUCUCAACUCAUAUUCUCAUUUACCUCCAGUUCUUGAGGAACCUACAUCCUCUUUCUCAGAGGCUGCAGAUGAUGAUCCACUACCUGCAAUACAAGGCCUCCAAAUUUCAGGUGAAGCCUUUCCAGGACAAGUGCUGCAGGCAUCUGGAUUGUCCAUAUAUGGAACGACCAGUUGUAAUUUUGAGUGGGUGCGUCAUUUGGAAGAUGGAUCUUUCAAUCAUAUAGAUGGUGCAAGGCAGCCAGAGUAUCGCGUGACUGCGGAUGACGUUAAUGCAUAUCUUGCCAUUGAAGUACAGCCUCUGGAUGACAGAAAGCGGAAGGGUGAGAUUGUCACGGUCUUUGCCAAUGAGCGUAGAAAAAUCAGUUGUGAUUCUGAAAUGCAGAACGCCAUACAGAAGGCUUUUUCGAAUGGUCGUAUUACAUACAAUUUAUCCUUCUUGACUGGGGAUCCUGAUACAUGGGAGCCGGCUACGUUGUUCGUCAAAAGGGAUGGUUACAGCAUAAAGUGUAGUGGGCCUAGUGGUGUUGUAGUCACUCAGAAAUUUUCAUCGUCCACAAUUGUCUCUAUCCCAUAUGGAUGUGAAAAAGAAUUCUCCAUAAUUGAUUCACAGGGGACUGAUCGUCUUCUAAGGGUGGAUAGUCCAAUGUAUGUAAGCUCUUCAAGGGACACAAUUGUUCUCACCCUGAGAUUUUUCAUCAUAAAGGCUGGUGAAAAGAAGAAAGGGAAGAAGAGAGGUCUAUUCUCCAAAAAGUAAACAAUCUUUAUCUACAUACAAAAGAUAUCCAUUGUAAUGCAUAACUAUUUUAGAGUUUUUAGAGUUUUCGAGUAGUUUGUACAAGAAUUUUUAUUAUCAUCACUACAAGAUAUCGAUUCUUGUUGGUUUUCCAUUUCUGUUUGUGUUGUUACUUGAAUAGAUAGGUUUUAUACACACUUCAUCUUUACAUUUA